GUUAGUGAAUUUUUGUUAAUAUUUUAGGCAGGAAAUUAGUUUUCAAAUUUAUAUAUUUAUAUUUGAGCAAGCGUUGACUCGAUGGCUAAGGCCUUGUCGGAGUGUACCGGCUGCGACGUCUCAUUCGUGUUUGUGCGGAUUGCACGGUCUCUUGUUCUGGACGACCACAGUCGCACACUGCCCCCGUGGGUUUCAUGGAGAAUUUUCUUCCUUCACCGUCCCACCACAACCCCACACACAACACAUUCCCAUUCAUCGCCAUGGCUCGGCCAGCAGGGGGAAAGAACGUCAACAAAGUAAAAAAAAACGACGCCACUGCGGAACAGCGCGGGCACCCGGUUAAGGUGUGGUUCGAGUAGGCAGGCAGGCAGAGGGGGGAGUAACAUCCCACGUUCUAGAAGGCUCUCCCCACCUCGUUCUAUGUUGUAUAUAUGCAGAGAGUUAAAAGUCGCCCCCACACACACAGAGACGGGAGGACGAGGUGCCGCUUGGCCAUUCUGAAAUGUCGGCCGUGCUUCCCCGUCGUGUUUUGAAGUAGCUGAUCGCACGAUAAUUAGUUUCGUUGUGUCUUUUAAACGGCACGGCACUGUUUGUAUUACGUUAUUGUGCCAAUAAUACUCGUGAAGUAAGCGCUUACUGGAGGUAGGUAGGGAGGGAGGAGGAGUGGGGUUAAACGUAAACAGACCUGAGACAAGUUUAGAAGGGUUCCGCGGCAUCACGUCAGUGGCCCUCUCUCUAUAUUUUUAACCCGAGCACGUAAGGCGAAUAUAUUUAAACACUUGCUGCUGUCGUGACGCGAGCCGCUUAUUAUAAUCCCACCGUGUACAGAGAGAGAGGAGAGAGCUAGCAAAGCAGGGAGGAGGAGGAGGGAGCAGGGGCGGGAAGUUUUUUUUCGGGGUAAAUAAAAGAGACGAGGACCACACCGUCCACACGGCCACCGCCUGAGAACGGACAAGGGAGUUGUUGUUGUUAAACAACAACAAGGUGGGUGAACGCGGAUGAAGAGUUCGUAACUCGCGUUGACCGACACUGUGUUUCGGCGGCGAAAGCGUCAUUCCUGGUUAGCCAAGGGCUCGGCGGGGUUUUGUUGUCGACAGGUCGGGGAUCAGCGCUCCCCGAGUCUUUAUUUUUAUUUGUUUGCCGAAAAGUCGUCGCCGCCGCAGGCGCCUUGUCGACGUUUCGGGUCCCCCCGAACCCGUGCGCCACUCCGCAACACAGGCGGUGAAACCGAACACGAGUCGUGGGGUUUGUUUAACACCCCCUUCGCCGAGGAAGCGAUGCCGGCCCUGUCCACCUACUGCCACGACUCUGCGGCCCCGGAGAGGGCCUCGCUUGUCAUCAUGCCCGGGAGGGCCGCGUUCUCCACGCAGCCCGGGGCCCCGGUCCGCGAGAGGGUCGUGCCCGUCAUGGUGAUGCCACGAGCGGGCAGCGUGCGCCCCAGGCCGGCCAGCCCCGCGCGGGACACCAUCUCGUUCCUGACCGGCAUGAGGUUCGAGCUCAGCCCCAAGUCGCGAAUCCAUCCGGAGGUGACCACCCCCACGUGCGUCGGUUACUGCCCAGACGACGACGACGAUUGUUGGAUAAGAACAAGGGCAGAGGAGGAGGAUGAGCAGCAGCAGGGGCAGAGCUGCUGCGCCUGCAAGGAGAAGCCCUGGGGUCGCCUGUACCUCAAGCCCGCGACUGCACACAACGCGCGCUCUGCUGGAGAUGUGGGACAACAACGCGGGGACGAGCAGCGGGCGACGACGAGACGGUCGCCCAUCCUCACGAGCGUCCGCACAACGCCGGUGGAGGCGAUCCCCGCGAGCGACAGGCUCCGGAGUCAGCUGUCGGUGCCGUGCGUCCUCCGCCAGUCGUGCCUGGAGGAGGUCGAGCCCCAGGCCACGGGGCUACCCGCUGGCACCGCGGCCGCAAGAGCCAUCUCGCCGAGCAGGGCCACCGCGCUCCGGCACCCGGGGGUUCCUCACGGCCGCACAGACGGCGAACCUCGUGGCAAGCCUGAUGCAGCCUCAGCGACCACACACCACGAAGCUCCAGACACCACCACAACCACCAAAAGCAGCAACAGCAUCAGCAAGCAGGAUGACCACCGCUCAGAAAUGGAGAAGCAGGACGAGUACCUGCGCUCCAGCAACCGCUACCGCUUUCACAUCAUCCCGGACGGCAACUGCCUGUACCGGGCUGUGUCGAAGGCGGUGUACGGCAGCCAGGACAUGCACGCCGAGCUGCGCGAGCAGACGAUCCACCACAUCGUGGACCACCUGGACGAGUUCGGCGCCCUCAUCGAGGGAGACGUGGGCGAGUUCAUCGUGGCGGCGGCGCAGAACGGCGCGUGGGCCGGCUACCCGGAGCUCACGGCCAUGAGCCAGAUGCUGGGCGUGGGAGUGCGGCUCACCACAGGCGGCAGUGCCAAUUGCCCCACCGUGUCCACCAUGCUGCACAGAUUCGGCAAGGGCAACGACGAGGAUGGCCCCACCAUCUGGCUCAGCUGGCUCAGCAACGGUCACUACGACGCCGUGUUCGACUCGCCGCUGCCCAACGACGAGUACGAGCGCUGGUACGAGCGCUACGUGGCGCAGCAGCGCGACGACGAGGAGAUGGCCAAAGCCAUGGCACUGUCCCUGUCCAGGCUCUUCGAGGAGCAGAACAUCAGGACCCGUUAGCACGGCUACUCUCCUCUGCGGAUUGGUGGGUUGGUGGCUCGCGACCAAAGUUUGAGGAUGUUAUGAAGUUCCCACUUGGAAUGAUUUGUAUAGGGUGAAAUGAUUGGAACGUGAAGGAAACGUAUUAAUGUACAAGUCAACUUAUGAAUGGCAGUGCACCCAGCCAGGUGGCUGGGCUCCGGGCGGACCAGUUCUCCUGGGAAGCUGCAUGCACUGAUUUGGUUUUGGUAGAAGAGAGAGUUCUGGCUCAUGAAUCCAUCUGCCUCACACGUCACCCGAGACUAUGAAACCAGAGAUUGGAGUGUGUUGCCACCUCGGUCUGGAGCCGAGUCAUGGAGAGGCAGGCACAUCGUUGCCUGCGUGGCAAGUGGACAUUGUUGGUUUGUGCAAAGGAAAUGGCUGGGCCACAUGUUUUCAGUGUGCUUUUGGUGUAGAAGGGUGAAGGUUUUUGUUUGUGCAUGUGUAGUUUUCGGACCAACUGUUUCAAACACGCACAGUCAAGCAUUUGCAAGUAUUUUCUAAGUAGCAUUUUAAAAGCAGUUGUUAAACAGAUGUCUAAUUUCGUCCUUUAUUUACACGAAAACAAAUUCUGGUUGUGGAUUGUCUGCAGAUGUGAAAUGUUAACCGGUCACUUUCAUGAUAUUGGUCGGAGUCGGGAACAUUUCCAAAAUGUAAAUGCUGGACAAUGUAAGUUACAUUACUUUGCUGGGUUAAAGGUUAAGCUUUUAUAGAGUACAAAGUUAACUAGAUUUACACUGGAAGGCCCUCAGUUUGAGGGUGACAAUAGUUAAGAUUACAAGUUUUAAUAGAGUUCUCAAUUUAAUAUUUGGCAUUGUGACACGAUUUGUCCAUUGUAAAAUAUUGUGAAAGGUGCCGAAUAAGCGCAAAUUAUUACAUGUCGCGAUUGAAUUCCAGUAUAGGAAUGUUUCACAUUGCUGUUUUGUCAACACUGGAAAAAUAAACAUUUAACUUUGCAUAAAAAA